CUAAGCAUUGAGUUCUUGCGAGUUUAGGCAAUCUGAUUAUAUUUUUUUUCCCUCUUUUCCUCAUUCUGAUUCGAUUAUAUAUCAGAAGCCUCUUCUUUCUUCUCGGCGUCGGUUGAUUAUUUCUUCAGGGGUGCCGAUCAAGCUUGUAAAGCAAGCAUCUUGAGAGAGCUUACAAUGGCUGAUAACAGUGGACGACCCUUCUGUAUCGGGGAUUUGCCGGCCCACUUAAUUCUGGAGAUAUUGAGCUCCGGCCAACUAUGUGCGUCCGACCUCGCAUGUUUCGAGACGACUUGUCGAAUGUUCAGUGGCGUUCAUGCGCUCGAACCCAUCCAGUUUCUGUCCAUCGUUGAAUUUGCUGCAUGCCGCCACUGCGAAGACAAUUCAAUCUUCAGUUCUCUCCCUCCCGAUGCGCGUUCAAAGCUACUCCGCCGUUGCGGCGAUAACUGGAAGAAGGUCCUCAGGUUCUUGCAGUCAGUGGAGCAAUCCUUCAGUAGCGUCAAGACAUCAGCAGGCGAAAUGCAAAUAGCCACUGGAAAAUAUCAUACCCUCUUAGUUCAUGAUAUGUCAGUUUACUUUUGUGGAUCUAGUUUAAGUGGGGUGCUCGAUCACGACCGAGAGACAAAACAAUCUGCUGCAUUCAGCCGCAUUGAUUUUCCUUCUCCGUCUCGUGUCGCCCAUAUCUCAGCUUCUCACAACCAUGCAGCAUUUGUUUUGCAAUCAGGAGAGGUGUUUACUUGUGGGGACAAUUCGUCAUUUUGUUGUGGUCAUGGAGAAGUAAGCCGCAUCGUAUUCAGGCCUACUGCAGUGGAGACAAUGAAGGGAAUUCCUUGCAAGCAAGUUGCCACUGGGAUUAAUUUUACUGUAUUUCUUACACUGCAAGGUCAAGUGUACACGUGUGGAAGUAAUGAACACGGGCAACUUGGUCAUGGAGACACUUCAGACCGGCCAGUUCCUACAGUUAUUGAAGUAUUUGAGGAGCAGGGACACAAUAUCGUUCAAAUUGCUGCUGGAGCAAGUUAUACCUUGGCUGUAACUGAUGAUGGAACUGUGCAUUCUUUCGGUUCCUGCACCAACUUUUGCCUUGGCUAUGAAGAACAACACGAUCAACUUGUACCACGCGCUAUCCAGUCAUUUAAGAGCAGGAAUAUCCAUAUACUUCGAGUUUCUGCUGGAGAUGAACAUGCAGUGGCACUCGAUUCAAGUGGAUAUGUGUAUACAUGGGGCAGAGGCUAUUGCGGAGCCUUAGGCCACGGUGAUGAGAUUAACCAGACUAGUCCUGAAUUAUUGAACAGUAUGAAGUGCAACAUUGCUGUUCAGGUGUUCGCUAGGAAAAGAAAAACUUUCGUGGUCACAGACGAAGGCCUUGUGUUUGCCUUUGGAUGGAUGUGCUUUGGUAGUUUGGGACUUUCCGACAGGGGAAGCUCCGACAAAGUUAUGGAGCCCCGCUUGCUCAGUGGCUUGAGUUCUCACCGCGUAUCUCAAAUCAGCACAGGAGCAUACCACACUGUGGCAGUCACCAAGAGAGGUGAUGUGUUUGGCUUUGGGGACAACGAAAAGGCACAGAUUGGACCUGCACAUACACUAAGUUACUUGGAACCGACAGAAAUGGCGCUACCACUGCAUAGCAAUAUGGUGGAAGAUUGUCCUCCUCCUCCUCUGGGUAGCUGA